AUGAUAGUUGCAUGCACCAAGAAUGGUGGUAUUGGCCGAGACGGCAAGCUGCCUUGGAACUUGAAGGAAGACAUGGCCUGGUUCAAGAAAGUCACUACGGAAGCCAGCGCUGAUAAACCUGAGGGAUGCAAUGCGGUCAUCAUGGGCAGAAAGACAUGGGAAUCUAUUCCUCCUUCAUUUCGUCCUCUUUCAGGAAGAGUGAACAUUGUUCUGUCAAGAAGUCCAGACAGCAUGAGUGUACCCGACGGAGUCGUCCUAUCAAAGUCGCUCGCUGACGCCAUGCAAGUUGUUGACUCCCGGGAUGAUAUUUCUCAGUGCUUUGUGAUUGGGGGAGGUGAAUUGUAUCGUGAAGCCAUGAACUCAGAUCGUUUGUGUAAGGUAAUCUUUCGUACCCUGGUCCAUGGAGAGUUUGAAUGUGAUACUUUCAUCCCUUGCGAGAUUCCGAAAGGCUUCAUCAGAGACACAGAGGACAAAGGGAUCCAGUAUGAAUUCCAAAUCUUUGUGAGACCCGCCACAGCUGGGAGCAACUCACACUCGGAAAUGAAUUCGCAUGUGUCUAAUGGUGUGGCGCAUGAAGAGUAUCAGUAUCUAAACCUAAUUCGAGAUAUCCUGCAAACUGGCAUCAGGAAGGGAGACAGAACUGGAACAGGAACUAUUGGCAAGUUUGGAGCAUCGAUGCGUUUCAAUCUGCGAGAAAGCUUCCCUCUUCUCACUACCAAAAGGGUUUUCUGGAGAGGCGUUGUCGAGGAGCUCUUGUGGUUUAUCUCUGGUGCGACAAAUGCCAACCUGCUUCGCGAGAAAGACAUUCACAUUUGGGAUGGGAAUGGCUCAAAAGAGUAUCUCGCUAAGAUCGGACUUGGACAUCGUGAAGAGGGCGACCUUGGUCCUGUUUACGGGUUCCAAUGGAGGCACUUUGGAGCAAAGUACACCGACAUGCACGCGGACUACACUGGGCAGGGAGUGGAUCAACUUGCCAACGUCAUCAACACAAUCAAGACAAACCCAAACGAUCGGCGAAUUCUUUUGAGUGCCUGGAAUCCUGCCGAUCUCGGAAUCAUGGCUUUGCCCCCUUGCCAUAUGUUCUGUCAGUUCUACGUCGACACAGAGAAGGGGGAACUUUCAUGCCAGAUGUAUCAGCGUUCAUGCGACAUGGGGUUGGGAGUGCCAUUCAACAUUGCGAGUUAUUCGCUCUUGACAUGUCUAGUUGCUCAUGUCUGCAACCUCAAGCCUGGAGAAUUCAUCCACACUCUUGGCGACGUGCAUGUCUACAGCAACCACGUCGAGGCCUUGAAGAUUCAACUCGAAAGGGAGCCAAGGCCUUUCCCAAAAAUCAGAAUCAACCCAGAGAAACGGGACAUCGACUCUUUCGUACUCUCCGACAUUACUCUCGAAGGAUAUGAUCCUCAUGCAAAAAUUGCCAUGGACAUGGCAGUGUAA